UAUUGGGUGAAGUUUUAAAUAUAUUAUUACUUGCUCAACUAGUCAGGAGAAUGAAGGUAUUUGUAGCAAUUUUAUUCCUCGCGAGCGUUGCCUUCGCUGAGGAUCUUCCUUUGGAUGGUAAUACAGCGUAUGGAUACCUUGAGAGAUAUGGCAUCCCCAGAGCUGAAAAGAUUCGCGCAGCUGAAGAAAAAGCCUCAAAGGAAUCAAGGAUUAUUGGUGGCGUAGAUGCUGUACCCGGACAAUUGGAGUACCAGGCAGGUCUCCUCAUUUCCUUGAUUGGAUUAGACGGCACAGGUGUUUGUGGUGCUUCUCUCGUCAGCCCUAACAGACUGGUGACCGCCGCCCACUGCUGGUUUGACGGCCGUCACCAGGCCUGGAAGAUCACUGUUGUUCUUGGUUCCGUACGCCUUUUCUCUGGUGGCACCAGAAUUGACACCAGUGUCGUGGUUAUGCACCCUAACUGGACUCCAAGACUAGCGCGCAAUGACAUCGCUAUGAUCUACAUUCCUAACUCUGUUACUUAUUCAAGGUAUAUCGGCCCUAUUGCACUGCCUGACGGACCAGAGCUUCAAGAAGAAUUUGUUGGUGUCCGCGCUGUCGCAUCUGGAUUUGGACUUACUUCUGAUGGUGGCGAUAUCUUACCUAGCCAGAGCCUUAGCCAAGUUUCCGUGAACGUGAUCUCCAACAACAUCUGCUCCGCCGCGUUCCCCCUUAUCGUGCAGCCCACUAAUAUCUGCACCAGCGGUCUUGGUGGAAUCGGUACUUGUCAUGGCGAUUCUGGUGGCCCGCUUGUCGCCAACAGAAACGGCAGACGGAUCUUGAUCGGCGUGACGUCAUUCGGUUCAGCUCUGGGUUGCGAGUCCAUAUUGCCGUCUUCCUACGCACGUGUCACUUCCUUUAUUGCCUUCAUCAAACAACACAUGCAUUAAAUGUUGGGUAGUGGAAAAAGGAAUAUAAUAUUAACAUUAAAUAAAAAAAAUGUUUUUUUUUUAACAUUUUUACCUUA